AUGGACUGGAUCUAUGAAAAAUAUUUGCACAAUCAAGAAUUAAUUAAGACUGAAAAUGCUUGUGGAUUUCUAAAAUCGAAUUACUCAUCAUCUUUCUAUUUACUUGAAUCAACAGAAAACAUUCAAUUACGAUCUAUUACUGGAUUUGAUGAACAUCCGAAUGUCUCAGAAGAUACGACUAUUGAACUGUCAGUUGAUAUUGAUAGAACAGCUCCUGAACUGAUUUCUUUAUUGGAAAAGGUAUCUAACUUCGAAGUUGAUUGGUGUCAACCAGCAAUUGUCAGACAAAUGAUUAUGAGAUACUAUCGAUUCAUGCAGUUAAAAGCGUCAUUUCCAGACAAUAUUUUUCUUGUGCCAACAUUGGAUAUUGAAAUCGUCUGGCAAACACAUUUAUUGCGUCCACAAAUAUAUCGAAAAGAUUGUUUACGUUUGUUUCAUCAUGUGAUUGAACAUUCAUUAUUAAUCGAUAACAUCGGACAAUUCCUAAAAGAACAAGCUUUUCUAGAGACUUGCCAAUUUUAUGAAGAAAGAUUUGGUGAACAAUAUUGUCCUUUAUUAAUUGGUACAGAGAAAGGAAAAGAUACUUUGAGAUAUCAUCGUUCUCUCUUUCGUUCAUGUCUCACACCGAAUUAUUCUUAUUGGGAUCAAACAUAUUUUCAAUUUGAAUCAGAAUCACCUAAGGAUUAUGAAAAUCCGUUUUCAUUUACUGAAUCCGAUGUUAUUCUCGAUAAUAAUUGGCUUGAUUUGUGUAAAAAAUUCAUGCAUAAAAGUGUUUCAAAAAAAGACUACAAUCCUCCGUACAAAAUUGAUCUUGGAUUUUCACCAUUGCAACUAUUAAAAAAAUCCUACGAACGAUUUUUAUACAUAGUAACUCAAUAUCCACCCGUCGAUGGAUAUCAAUUUGGGCAUCCGACAUAUGCUAUUGAAAUCAUUUGGCAUGCUCAUAUGCAAGAACCCACAAAAUAUGCAUUUGAUUGUCUACGUCUAGUUGGAUAUGUUAUUGAUCAUGCUCCAAGGAUUUCGAUUGAGACAGAUCAAAUCAAAGAAUCAUGUGAGAAUGCAAUCAAUGUUUGGAGAAGAGAAUUCGAUAGAGACAUGACCACAGAUCAUAUCUACAAGGCUGUCAAUAAUCAUUACAAUUAG